AUGUGCAACACUUUCUCCAUCCCUGGCAUCACCCCCGAUGGAAUUAGACUUUACUUCUUCCCAUACACACUAAGGGAUGAGGCAAAGAGGUGGGCUCAUUCGUUGGAGCCAAAUGAAAUAACGUCAUGGGACAAGUUUAUGGAACAGUUCAUGAAGAAAUUCUUCCCUACAGCAGUCAAUGCAAGGAGAUGCAAGGAUGUGCUGAAUUUCAAGCAAAUGGAUAAUGAGACUCUAAGCACCACUCGUGUGCAUUUCAGAAGGUUGGUGAAAAAUUGUCCGCAUAUAGGGAUACCUGAUUGCAUUCUGAUGGAGACAUUUUAUAACGGCCUGAAUCGAUCAACACAAGUCGUUGCUGAUGCCUCCGCAGCGGAAGGACUUAUGGAUAAGACCUACACAGAAGCCAAGGUCAUCCUUGAUCGCAUUUUGCGAAACACGGUUGACUGGGUGGAUGACGGGUAUGGGGGAAGAGACCCAGAGAGAAGAAGAAAUGACAUCACCUUUGUAUCAGCAGAUACAAUGAAAACUUUGGCCACACAAAUGGUCGUGGUAUCCUCUCUCCUACAAAUGAUGGCAAUUAAUCAAGGUGGCCUCUCUCAAAGUUCAGCGCAACCCAAUGCGCCGGUGCAAGUGGCCGCAAUAAGUUGCGUCCAAUGUGGAGGGGGCCAUGCUGUAGAGAUGUGUCCAUCGAACCCGCAACAAGUGUUUUCUAUCCAGAAGAACCUUUAUAGCAACACUUACAAUCUCGGUUGGUGGAAUCACCCUAACUUCGGUUGGGGAAGAAAUCAAAACCAAGGGGGCCUGAAUAACCAUCAGAACAACAAUUCCGGGAAUCGAGGAAAUCCUCCGUCUUUUCAUCAGAAUCAGAAUCAAAGACAACCGCAAAACCAACCGUCCUCAUCGAACACCUCUGUGAAAUCAUCAUCAUUGGAGUCCCUACUGAAACAGUAUAUUGAGAAAAACGAUGUUGUCAUGCAGUUGCAGACGUCUUCAAUAAGGAACUUGGAGAUCCAAGUCAGGCAAUUCGCAACCGAGCUUCACAACAGAAUACCCAAAACACUGCCAAGUAAUUCAGAAGCCCUAGGAUCUCAUGGGAAGGAACAAUGUCCUUGA